AAAAAAAAAAAAAAAACAAUCCAUAAGCCUAUAUCUCCCAUCUACGAGUCUACACGUUUUUCCUUUUUUUCUUCUUCUCCAACGUAUGCAUACAAGACAACAGCACGCGUAUAAACACGGUAUACGUAGACGGAGAGUCGAAAGAAAAAGAGACGCAUCUUUUUCGCUCCUCUCCAGCUCGAGAGCGCUGCAGGAGUGUAUAGCGCGAGGUUUCCCCACUCGCGUCUGUUAUGGUUCCCUACCUAUACACAGCGCGGCUCUUGUACUUUCUCCGAAAGAGCAGCUACGGCUAUAAAAGCGAGAUUCGCCGUGUUUAAAGCGUGUUAGAAACGGAAUCGCAGCUAAGCGACGACGAGCUCUCACAUCGGCUCCGUUGCUGUUCGCGAGUGUGUGCACUUCUUUUUUUUUUUUUCCUUCGUCUCGCGAUUAAAUCUUUUUUUAUUUCGAGUGUGAUACUUGCCACCAGCAACAUGAGAAGCUUCAAGACUUGUUGGCUGCCGAUGGCGCUGCUGCUCGCCACUGCGCUGCCGGCCUUCCGCGCUGAGGCCCCGAUCUCCGGAAACUACCUCCCACCGUCCACGAGCUACGGCACACCAAAUCUUGGUGGAGGUGGUGGCGGCGGUGGCGGCUUCGGUGGUGGCGCCCCCUCGUCCAGCUACGGAGCACCUUCCUCAGGAGGUGGAUUCGGCGGUAGCUUCGGUGGCGGUGCUCCAUCGUCCUCGUACGGUGCUCCCUCGACUGGAGGAUCCUUCGGAGGUGGCGCCCCCUCGUCCUCCUACGGAGCUCCCUCUUCCGGUGGAAGCUUUGGUGGAUCUUUCGGUGGUGGUGCUCCUUCCUCAUCGUACGGAGCUCCAUCCUUCGGUGGAAACGCACCUUCGUCGUCCUACGGUGCUCCAUCAGCUGGUGGAUCCUUCGGAGGUGGCGCCCCCUCUAACUCCUACGGACCUCCUUCGUCCAGCUACGGUGCUCCCUCUGCUGGUGGAUCUUUCGGAGGUAGCAGCGGUGGCAGCUUCGGCGGAAGCUUCGGAGGUGGUGCACCUUCCUCCUCGUACGGUGCCCCAGCUCCCAGCCGUCCUUCUUCCAACUACGGUGCCCCAAGCCGUCCAUCCUCGAACUACGGAGCUCCAUCAUCCGGUGGAUCUGGAUUCGGAGGUGGUAGCGGAUUCGGAGGUGGCAGGCCAUCCUCCAGCUACGGUGCUCCUUCCAGCGGCAGCUUCGGUGGUGGAUUCGGAGGUGGUGCUCCAUCCUCUUCCUACGGUGCCCCAGCACCCAGCCGUCCCUCGUCCAACUACGGUGCCCCAGCACCCAGCCGUCCCUCGUCUAACUACGGUGCCCCAGCACCCAGCCGUCCCUCCUCCAGCUAUGGUGCCCCAAGCCGCCCAUCUUCGAACUACGGUGCUCCCAGCCGCCCAUCCUCUAACUACGGUGCUCCAUCCUCCGGUGGAUCUGGAUUCGGAGGUGGCAGCGGAUUCGGUGGUGGACGUCCAUCCUCCAGCUACGGUGCUCCAUCCAGCGGCAGCUUCGGUGGUGGAUUCGGAGGUGGUGCCCCAUCCUCUUCCUACGGUGCCCCAGCACCCAGCCGUCCCUCGUCCAACUACGGACCUCCUUCAUCCAGCUACGGUGCCCCAUCCAGCGGAGGCAGCGGUGGAUUCGGAGGUGGCGCCCCUUCUUCCAGCUAUGGCGCUCCUAGCUUUGGUGGCAGCUCGAACGCAGUGAGCCGACCAUCGUCGAGCUACGGUGCUCCCAGCAGCGGAGGUGGACAAAGCUAUGCCAGCAACGGAGGUUACCAAUAUUAAGUUAAGAGAUAAGCCAAGUUCAAAGUUCACGAAUAUUGAGGCGUUUAAUCCGAAGAUCUAAGAAAACUUGCGUUUGCAGGUCAGAAUCAAUCAUUUCUUUAAAAACGACUUUUUUUACUUCGGUUAUAGCGCGCAUACUCGUAUUUUUAUUUUAUGUCUGUAAAGAUUCUCUAUUGUUAAAGUUAGCAAUGACUGUGCUGCCGUAUCGGAGGUUUUUAAGGGGAGUGAUUCAUUUUGCCCUUUUAGUUUAAAUUUUAGCGUUUUUUAUUAAGAAUGCUAUGCUUUGUACAAAUUUUUUCAAGUUUAAGGAUUUUGAAUCUUUAUUAUUAUUAAAUCAGCUUUUUUCUCAGUGUAUAAUUUAUUUAUUAUGUAAGAGCGUCUUUUUGUACCGAUGAUAAAUAUAAUGACAUAAGAAACGAAAAAAAAAAUAAAAAAAUGUUCCUUUUUAUAA